AUGCAUGAUGAAGUCAACCAAGCACGUGCCCUAAGAGUGGCUGAGAUCAUCAACGACUACCGGACCCUCCUGGUACACAUCUCGCAACAAGAUAUCCCCGUGCCCGCGGAAGAUUGCUGCCAGCCAGGCUAUGCGGUGAUCCGGGAGAGUUUGGCCGCCGCGCAAGCCCUAAUGUCGUCGAACUAUACCCCGGCCGUUCCAGCCGGAGGGAAUGACGCGGAAACGGAAAAGGCAGAACUUCAGAGGGUCAUACUCGAUGCAAGCGCCCGUCGUUUCCGAGCCCAUAAGAUAUACCUCCGCGCGGCAGCAGGGAGAAGAUGGUCUAUUAAUCGGGAAGAUGUCCUACGAGGACAGAGACCCGACCAGACCCAUGCUCGUCGGUUGGAGCUAGUAGACGAUACAUUCCGACAGGAACUCGCUCAGGUGACAGAUGAAUACGUUGUGGCUGAUCUUCGGGCAGCCGAUAUGCGCGCAGGCCAUUGGCUUAAUGACGAUCCAUCUCUAUCGGUAAUGCGCAAUUGGAUCCAAUCCCAUCCAUGA